AUGGAGCUAACUUGGAAGAACUUCGUGAAGGUUGCUGCUUGUGCUAUUGUAACAAUUGCGGCAUACACAUUUUUUACAGAGCCAGUAGGGUCGCAAAAGCCAUCAGAUUCCAAGCAAUCUCCAAACAAGCCAGCUCAAAAGCCAAAGCCAAAGCCCAAGCCAAGAACUUCAGCCAAGCUUUCCACAUCUCAAGAUAAGCCUGAAGUUAAAGAAGAAGUCAAAGAAGAAGUAAAAGAGCCUGAAAAGCUUACAAAAGAGAAGUUUCUCGAAAUUAAUGAUGAAAUAUACAAAAGAUCUAAAGAAAACUUUGUCCAAAUACAACAAAAAUUCAUAAAUGAAAGACGCCAAUUCAAAGAAGAUGAAGCAAAUUACAGAAAAUCUGCUGAAGAAUAUCUAGCAAGUGAACAAAGUAUAGUCGCAAAGUCCGCAGAAGAAGUUCUCAUCGGAAAAAACAUCAACAAUGAUCUUUAUAAACAAGCAGAAGCAGAAUUCGGCCAAGAACUUGCAGCAGUUGCCCAAAAAGCCGCUUUCCAAAAAAGUCUGUCUCAAUCUGAGACUGUUCCUGAAGCUUUAACUGUUGAAUUAUUAAAAGAAAUCUUACAAGCUCAGACUGAUUUCGCUUCAACUAUAACUAUAGAUGAACAAGAUCCACUUGCAAAGAUUCUUGCCCAUGCAAAAAUUGAAGACUAUUUAGCUGAAAAAUAUAGCUUUGAAAUGGCAGAAAUCAACGCAGCCAAAGAAAGACACCAGGCUCAUGUCAAGUCCUUGUGGAGGCAAGUUAAUAGGAAAUAUCAAGCAUUAAAGAUUUUUUAA